AUGACAACAGCCGAUAAUGCGACAAGCCUCUCCACCAGCGAAUCGUCUGAGCCACCCAUACUCCACGACCAAGGCAUGCCCAAGGCUGCGCGCGCCCACCGUAGCAGGACUGUCAAGAAGAACGCACUUUCCAAGGACCUCAACGUUACUAUUUCCUCUUCAGAUCAGGCUCUUUUGACCAAAUCCGUCAUUACCGUCAAGAACGUCAUGACGGAGCAAAACGCUGGGUCGACAGCCAAUGCUCCCAGCAUCAGUGAUGCUGGUGUUUCGGCAUCUGAUGCUUUGCCUAAGAAGCCGGGUCAACUAUCGUCUUCUCCUAUCGUGAAUCAGGCCCUAGACAACCUGUUGGUAAUGAUACGACCUGAGCGUCGAGAUCUUCUUCAGGGCCCUUGCAUUACCAUUCACGUGGGUGAAACGUCGGUUAUCAAUAUCUCCAAGCGCGCUGCAAUGGCUGCUUCUUCUGUCCUUAACAAGCACUCCACCGCCAAUCCUGAGUCGCUAGAAUAUCGUUUCUCGCGUGGUCAGGUUCAUCCUGGCGCAGUCCGCUUUCUGCUCAUUGACUGGAUGCAGGAGACGUGCAAUGAGUUUGAAGCCUAUGCCAUCCCAGCUCAGAAGACCUUUGGCGAGGACGUUGCUAUCUUGUGCGCCGCUCGCUUGCUGGGCAUGGAGCGUUAUUGCCGUCAUAUCCUCACCGGCUAUGUUGGUUACCUUAAGACCCAGCUUCCGAGUUACGAGGAGAUCAUUGCUAUCGAACAGAACGCCACCUCUGAUAAAGACCCACUCUGGACUGCGAUGAUCAACCACCUCUGUCAUGAUCGCUACAAAGGUCUUAUACCUGAUGCUGAAGACUUUGAGGCGUUUCUGGAGAAGCACACUCGUCUGAAGAAGGCUAUGGAGUCGGCUGAUAUCUUCUUCGCUGGAUACGCGAAGAAGCGAGCCGAGGGCCGGGAGAAAGAGCGCCGCCAGCGCUGGGAGUAA